AAAGGUUGAUACGCUCACAGCCUUCUCUCCGUCGCCGAAACAUCCCUCUUUUUUUUUCAUUUCAAUCGCUGUCAAUCCUCCUUUUUCAUCUGCCAUCUUUUCGCAAACAACUUUGCGAUCAUCUACGAAGAUGGCAGAUAUUAAGAUUGAUAGCAAGCUCUUCCAGGAGCGAAUUAACCAUUUCGUUAAUUCCUGGAAGGCCGAUAAACGCGCCGGCGAUGUUGUUUUCGGUGGCGCAUCUUCUAUUGUGGUUGUGAUGGGCAAGGUCGAGGAAAACCCGGAGUUCCAGAAGAAUAAUACCAUGCACUUCUGGUUAUUAGGCUACGAGUUCCCGACAACCCUUAUGGUUUUCACCACCGACACCCUCUACAUCGUCACGACUGCGAAAAAAGCUAAGCACUUAGAACCGCUGAAGGGAGGUAGAUUUCCCAUUGAGAUUUUAGUCAGGGGCAAGGAUGCGGCGGCGAAUGAAAAGCAAUUCGCCAAAGUCGCCGACACCAUCAAUUCCGCGGGAAAAAAAGUGGGUGUUAUCACCAAAGACAGAUCGAAUGGUCCUUUCGUCGACGAAUGGAAGAAAAUCUACAGCGAUAAGUGCAAGGAUAUCGAAGAGGUCGACAUCUCCACCGCCCUAUCGACUGCUGCCUUCUCCGUCAAAGAUGAGACCGAAUUACGAGCGAUGCGAGCUGCCUCGAAGGCCUGUGUCGCACUCAUGACACCCUUCUUCCUUGACCAGAUGUCCGAUGUCCUAGAUCAGGAGAAAAAGGUAAAGCACAGUGUACUUGCCGACAAAGUCGACAGGAAGCUUGACGAUGAGAAGUGGUGGAAGACUGUUGAGUUACCUAACAAACAAAGACUGCCCUCGGAUUUUGAUCCUUCCUCUCUCGAUUGGUACCUAGGUCCUGCAGUACAGAGUGGUGGUAAAUACGACUUGAAGCUUCAGUCAGAACCUACUGGCGACCACCUUCACCCGGGAGUCAUUAUCGCUGGCAUGGGUCUUCGAUAUAAAUCCUACUGCUCCUCGAUUGCGCGAACAUACCUGGUCGACCCGAACAAGACGCAGGAAAAUACCUACAAGCUCCUCUAUGCCGUCCACAACUUAGUUAUUAAGGAGAUUCGAGACGGCGCUGUUGCCAAGGAUGUCUACAGUAAGGCUUUGAGCCACAUUAAAUCCAAGAAGCCAGAACUUGAGAAGCAUUUCCUGAAGAAUGUUGGUGCGGGUAUUGGUCUCGAGAGCAAGGACCCAACAUUGGUCCUUAGUGCCAAGAACCCUCGCACUCUGAAGGAUGGUAUGACUCUUUGCAUCACUACCGGCUUCACCGAUAUUGAGAACCCGUCGCCGAAGGAUAAGCUCAGCAAGACCUACUCCUUGGUUCUCACCGACACCAUCCGAGUGACGACAAGCGACCCAGUCAUCUUCACUGGCGAUGCCCCGAUCGAUCUAGAUGCUACAUCUUUCUUCUUCAAGGAUGAUGAGGAGAUGCAGCCUACCCCCAAGAAGGAGAAGAAGGAUUCUCGUGUCGGUGCUGUGGCUACUAAAAACAUCACUAGCACGCGUCUACGAUCCGAACGUACCACUCAAGUCGACGAAGAUCAAGAAAAGAGGCGCCGAGAACAUCAAAAGGAGUUGGCAUCGAAGAAGCAGAAAGAAGGAUUAGACCGCUUCUCCGAAUCGACUACCGGCCAAGACGGCGCCGAAGUGAAGAAGUUCAAGAAAUUCGAGUCUUACAAGCGAGACAACCAGAUGCCCUUGAAGGUGAAGAAUCUUGAAAUCUUGGUUGAUCAAAAGAAUCACACUGUUGUUCUUCCUGUCAUGGGUCGACCAGUCCCCUUCCAUAUUCAUACUAUAAAGAAUGCUAGUAAGAAUGACGAGGGCGAAUGGUCAUUCCUACGUAUCAACUUCCUUUCUCCUGGCCAGGGAGUAGGUAGAAAGGACGACCAGCCAUUUGAGGACGCUUCGGCACAGUUCGUUAGGAGCCUAACGUUCCGUUCUCUUGAUGGCGAUCGAUACGAAGAAAUUGCGGCACAGAUCUCUAGCAUGAAGAAGGAGGCUACCAAGAAGGAGCAAGAGAAGAAGGAUAUGGAGGAUGUGGUUGAACAGGACAAACUGAUUGAGAUUCGAAAUCGUCGCCCUCCUGUCAUGGACAACGUCUUUAUACGUCCUGCUAUGGAAGGCAAGCGUGUUCCUGGCAAAGUCGAGAUACACCAGAACGGUAUUCGAUAUCAAUCGCCGCUUAACACGCAGCAAAGAGUUGAUGUUCUGUUCUCUAACAUCCGCCAUCUGUUCUUCCAGCCUUGCGCUCAUGAACUUAUCGUAAUUAUUCAUCUGCAUCUCAAGGACCCUAUUAUCAUCGGCAACAAGAAGAAGACGAAGGAUGUGCAGUUCUAUCGAGAAGCGACGGAUAUUCAAUUCGAUGAGACCGGUAACCGAAAGCGAAAGUACCGACACGGUGACGAAGACGAGUUCGAACAAGAACAAGAAGAUCGUCGGCACCGAGCGGAGCUUGAUCGCCAAUUCAAGAGCUUCGCUGACAAGAUUGCCGAUGCUGGCAGGAAUGAGAAUGUUGAGGUUGAUAUGCCACUACGUGAACUCGGAUUUAACGGUGUCCCGUUCCGAAGCAAUGUCACAAUCCAGCCCACAACAGAAUGUCUCAUCCAAAUCACAGAGCCGCCUUUCCUCGUCGUCACGAUAGAUGACAUCGAAAUUGCUCACCUGGAACGUGUACAAUUCGGCCUGAAGAACUUUGACCUGGUGUUCGUGUUCAAGGACUUCACGCGACCACCGGCUCAUAUCAACACGAUCCCGGUUGAGUCUUUGGACGUGGUCAAGGAAUGGUUAGAUAGUAGCAACAUCGCUUUCACCGAAGGUCCUUUGAACUUGAACUGGCCGACAAUCAUGAAGACCGUCACAUCCGAUACCCAUCAAUUCUUCGCCGAUGGAGGUUGGUCCUUCCUCCAAAAUGAGAGUGACGACGAGGGUGAUGAAGAAGAAGAGGAGGAAUCCAAUUUCGAAAUCGAGGAAUCCGAACUCGAGGAGGCGAGUGAAUCCAGCGAGGAUGACUCAGACUUUGAUAGUAACGCGUCUGAAGAGGCCAGCGAGGAAGGUUCCGAUGAAGAUGAUGAUGAAGGUGAAGAUUGGGAUGAGUUGGAGAAGAAGGCGAAGCGAAAGGAUCGCGAAGGUGGCCUCGACGAGGAGGAUCGUGGUCGUAGCAAUAAAAAGCGACGCCAUUAAGCCCCACAUGAGCAGAAGGAAGUGAAGAUUACUUCACGUGGUCGAUUUUUUAGGCCUUAAUCCUUUGGUUUGUGGUGUUAAUAUUCCCACACCAUAGAUAGACUCGUUUGGAGUUGGAAGGUUGCGUUGCAUCUCUAGAUGCGAAUAGGGAUCGAGCUAUACUUGCGUUGAACUACUAGUUAUUAGUUUGAUGGAUCUUCUGCGAUCCGUUGCAGUUACUUCGGAAAGAAAAGAACCAAGGUAUGGCCAGUCGAGGGCGAGAUUGUAUGGCCUUUCUAGCUUUUACUGAACACUGCUACUACUGCUGUUCUAGGGUUAGAGCAUUUGUACCUUUUGUAUUUUAAUAAAAAUGAAGCCCAAGGCGUUGGGUUUAAUGAGUGAUAUUUUAUUACGUGCGGAGUUGUGUUACUGAGGCUAUUUCUACGUGAGUGUUCCAACUCGGACUUGAGUAAACACAUCGGGUUGGCACCAUGUAUGCGAUCUUACAGUUACCUAAAUAAUACGUUGCUAAUUGUA